AUGACGAAGCGGUCAAUUAGGGCGUGCUCAAUUCACGCACCACAGGAAACUGUAGGCAUCACUUCCAUUUGCGACAGUGCACGCAGCAGGACCGGAUGUGCUCUCGUUCAACUGGUACACACACGAGUCGAUACACCCCGUUACAUUCAGAGGUGCGGUCCCAUUAAGAUAGCUGGCCGGCGCGGUUACUCGAUGCCCUCCUCAUCCCGAGGGCUACAUAACAUACCGAUUGUUGCGCUCCGGAAGCAUCUGCCAAUUGUGGAAACACGGAAGUUCCUCGCACCACUCUCAUACAACACCUUCACCCAGUUAACGGCGCAGCGCGGCCACCCCGACGUCGUUCGUGCCGAUCCAGAGUGUGUAGAUCGUGUCGUACGGAUUCAAUUCCAGCGUGCCGUUCGUCACUUCCUCGAAAUACGUCGGGAGCUGGCUCUCGAAGACGGAGGGGAACGGUCUCGCCGUCAGAUUGUUGGAGCACGUCGCGCCGGAACGCGCGAACGGGUAGAGCGUGAGGUUCCCGUCCUCUGCUGCGAAGAUGGGCCAUGCGAUACCGUGAUCGCCUGGCACGGCCUGCGUUGCGCGUCGGACAUGGUGAUACAUGGAAUCUCCAAAUGUCACGAGAAGGAGACCAAAGGCCGCGACGAGGUUCCGGAUAGCCAUGCUCAGUCCGUCGAAUACGGACACUGGAGGGAUUAUCUGCUGCGUGCUCGGUCACGAGGACCUAGCGGGCGUCCGAGGAAUCAAGACUGCCUUACUGGCUUCGUACAUUCUCUUGCCCACACACCCAGGAAUCUGAAAACACCAGUGGGUGACGGGGUAUUUCUACCGCCGACGCGGGCCGUGGUAUCCCAAACCUGUUCACACUGGCAGCCAACCUAG